CAUCAUCAUCAGUCUGUCUCUGGUCGCCGUCAAGUCGUCCCCAGAUUCCUUGUCGUCCGAGUAAAGAAAAACCUCUGUCGCUCCUCAACUCUUCUCUCGUCGUAGUGUAGUAGUCGUAGUAAUAAUAGUGCUGAGUGCCGUGUGACCUUUGACCUCUGACCUCGUACGUGUGCAGUGAUUUUAAUUUGUUUGUUUUGGGGGGAGGAGAAGGAAUCGGAGAGAAUUUGUGGGUAUUUUUUCACCAGAAAGAAGGAUUCUGCAGUAUGAAGAGGAGUUGUAGUAGUGCCGUGAAAAAAGUGUGUACAAACAUUACCACCACCACGUUGACACGAGUUGUCGAGGCGAUAAGAUCUUAUCGGGUUUAGGUGUAGACACGAGAAAAGGGAAACUUGGAAAAGCCUCCAAGCACCACAAUUUCGCAAUCGUCCCCCUCCUCUCGCAAGAUGCCACUCGUCCGCAAACCGCGCGGGGGUCGGUUGAAAGGUCACCACAGUGAGGACGACGAAUCCACCCCGAUCUGCCGUUGCCGCGUCCUUUACCUCGGUUCCGCCGUGCCGCACAUAACAAAAGACGGCCUCCAAGGGAUCCAAGAGCCCUUAAAAGAGCUCUACCCCGACACCGGGCUCUCCUCCCUGAAAGGCAUCGACUCCUGGCUCUCCGUCUGGUCGAAUGGCCUCCUUUUGGAAAACGUAGACGAGAAGAACACCAAAAUCACGAGGUUCUUCCCCAUCGAAUCGCUCCAUUACUGCGCCGCCGUUCGGAACGUGUUAGUCCCCGCGGGCUCAGAUUCCAACGGCUUGUCCAACAGUUCUUCCGGGGGUGGGGGCGGGGGAAGUGAGAAAAUUCAAAAAUUCCUCCCGCUUGAUUCACCCUUCGCGAGGUUGCCAAAUUUAAAUCAUCCCCCCCUCUUCGCCUGCAUCCUCCGGCGCACCACGGGCAUCAAGGUGCUAGAGUGUCACGCCUUUAUCUGUAAACGCGAAAUGGCCGCGAAUGCCCUGGUCCGCUGUUGCUUUCAUGCCUACGCGGAUUCCACGUAUGCCAAACAGUUAGAAAACGGGGGUGGUGGAGGAGGAACGUUGGCGAUUAAUGGGGGCGGAGGACCCUCGAACGGUGGUGGUGGAGGCAUCCCAAAUGGCGGCGGAGGGUCCACGAACGGAACCCUGUUUAAAGAUCCCGACCGUCAAAUUCAGCGCUCCGUCACGCCGUUGAAUUCCAUCGAGAAAGUGACCGGGUGGCAAGCCCUUAGUCAAACGAAUGGAGAUGGUGGGACACGUGGUGGUGGUGGCGAUAUUAUGGCGAAUUCCACCGACGAUGACGACAACGGUGGUCCCAUCACCUCCACACCGAGGGGCGGACCUCGUAACAAUAACAAGUACGAAUUCAGUGCGGAAUUUGACGACGACGAGAUUUACGAGGGUGACGAAAACCACAAGAUUUGGGGGGGUAGUACAGCCUCCGGUCUGAUGCAUAAUGGGACCUCCACCUCCGAGCUUGUCUACCUCGAACCGGACGGAACCCUCAAGUCGGUAAAGUCUCACAAUUCCCGCUUGUCGAAACCGAGACAGUUCAUUUCCCCGCCGCCCCCACCCCCGCCUCCACCUCCGCAACAGUUCUCCCUGCUUAAGACGACCCUCGAUGACGAUGCCGCGUCGUCCUCCACGAAUAAGAAGAAGAUCAAAAAGAAGACGAAGAAGGAGAUGAAAUUGGCCGCGUCACUGCAACAACAACACAAUUAUCAGCAGCAAAUGAUGUCCCACAAUAAAUACUUGAUGAGACCGGCAUCCAUGAUGAAUUUGAGUUCGUCCGGGGGGCCAGGUGGGGUCGGUAUGAGUCCACGACCUCGGGGAAGCGUGAUGAACGGACCGACCUCUUCCUCCGCGCAGCACCAUCACCUUCUCCACAAUCGCCCCGGAAGUGCAAUGUCCACCUUGACGAGGACUCCCCGCCCGUACAAUAUGCACCCGCACCCCCACCUCAUCCCCAUCCCACAUAUGAACGGGUACCAUCACCAUCAAAAUGGGGGGUAUGGUCCCCCAAUGAUGGGCCCACUACCACCCCAUCAUCAAAUCAUGCAUCAUCCCGGCCAACCCAUUUAUGGUCACUUAUCCCCCCCGCUUUUCAAUCCGGGACAUCACCAAGUCGUGAAGGGGUCCAAGUCCAAGGGGAAAAAGCAGCAGCAGCAGCAAAUUCUCACCCAAGUGCCACUCCUCGUCCCUCCGCCACACCCGCAUCACAUGCACCACGGUGGUCCCAUGAUGAACGGAGGUCCCACGCCGCCCCCGAUGUAUCACGCCGGGUCGAAAAUGAUGCUGCUCGACCACCACCAACAACAUGACCAUCAUUCCUCCACUAUGGGAGGAAAGGGGGGUAGUAAACACCACCACCAGCAGCAACAACACUCCCCCGACAACAACAACAUGGGAACGAUGACGCCCUCCCAGUACGCCACGAUCGAGCGGGGCUAUCACUACCACCAGAACGCGAACCGUCUCAUGAACGGGGGUGGUGGUGGGGGGUCGGUCAUGCUCCUCCGAAAUGGGGACUCGGCCACCUUAACGUCCACAAAAUCGAGGGGGGGAAAGCAGAAUCAUCAAUCCGGCGACGAGGCGAAUGGCGGUCCUUCGUCCCCCUUUAACACGGGGAUCUACAGGAAGAAGGGGCACCUCAAUGAGCGCGCGUUUUCCUACUCGAUCCGCCAAGAACAUCGGUCUCGGUCGUACGGGUCGUUGGCGAAUUUGCAGUUUGCGAAUGGGGAUGCGGGAGGAGGAGGUCAGCAGCUCGUGCGACCGUCCGGCUCACCCCCGACGGCGGAGGGGAUGAAGAAAGAGAGAGAAAUUAUACAGAUGGUGAGAGAUCUGGACUUAUCGGGAGAUGAGAUUGAGCGGAGUCACGUCCCGGCCGAGAUGUACCCGAGCAGGGAAGGAGGAGGGAAGAGUAGUGGUAAUAAUAAGGGCAGUGGUGGUGGUGGUGGUGGUGGGGGGAUGAAUGGUGGGGGAUAUAAUAAUGGAAAUGGACACCCGCACCACCGUGGACAUGGACACCACCAGCAACGCGAUCCCGUCAUGAGCAACGGGAUGAUGGGGAGUCAUGGACUCAGAAUAACGCAUCGUUAGGAGAUUUGAAAGAUAUGCCAUUUCACCUCUGAGGGAUCACUUCUUAUCAAGAAAAAUCCGGAUUUGUCAAAUAAUUCAUACGUUUCGGGACGUUAAACAAAUUGAUAUUUACAUAUCAAUCGUCCCCUCCCCCCGAAGACAAUCACACAACACAACGCCACCCUCAUCACGACAAUGAUAACAAUAAUGCCAAUUGAUAAAGGUGACGAUGACGAAGAAGACAAUCUUAUUAUAUUUGCAAGACAAUAAUUUAUACAUAUUUUUAGCAUACAGUCAGAAUAAUUAGUUAAUUACGUAUCAAAUUAAAUUAUUUAUAUUCGCAUGCAUUGCAAAAAAUGUUCGCCAAUUCGCCAGUUCAGUUAUAUAAUUCUGUUUAUGUAUGCAAGAAAAAGUAAUAAUGAUGCAAAAUAAAUGUAUAAUUUAGGAUCGAGAAAUAUGUAACAAUUUUACUGUUAAAUAUCUCGAGUAUGCUAAUUAAUUAUUUUAAUUAUGUUACUAAUUAAUUAGUGAAAUCCGUGCCUGUCUGAGAAUAUUACAAAAAACAACAGAACUGCUGCUCCGCUAGUUUUAGGAAAUUUAAGAUUGCCAAUGCAAUAUUUCUGGGGAAAAGGAAUAUAUAAAAUCUGUACAAAAAAUAUAAGGAUUUGACAGAAUACUUUAAUGUUAAUCGGCCGUGCAGAAAGGGUGGAAGAAUGACCUCUAUUUUGUUACGGGGGUCAAACUCUAUCCCGCACGGCUCAUCAUUGCAUAGUUGAUUUAUUACGAUGAAAAACCGAUAAUAGAUAAUUCUUCCUCUUUUUUUAGUUUUGAAUACUUUGAAUUCACGGACGAGUUGUUUAUUUAUAUUUAAGUAGAUUAAACCGUAAGAAUAACCAAUCAAUCAAUCAGAUAUCGAUCCCUAUUUAGAUCCCGAAAAGAAAGACUAUUUUCCAACAUUGUUGCAAUAUUUACUUUACAAAUAGUGUUUCGUUUCUGGCGGAUUUGCCACAUUUCUUGAACUGGAAAGCAAGAAAUGCAAGAAAUUCGAGGUGCAAGAAACUGGGAGAAAGUGCGAGAAAUAUGCGCUAUCCAGCCACGCGCGCUAUGAAGCGCGGCAGGGCGUAGUUUUUUGCGCCUUGCAUUUCUUGCAGGUCAAAAGAUUUAGCUGCAAGAAACCACUUUCUUGCACCCGAAACACUGUUUAACAAAUGAUACGAGGUUUUUUAAUACCACGAGUUAACGGCGUGUCGCAAGACGUAGCAUUUCUAAGGGGGAAAAAUCAACAAGGUUUUUAAUAAAUUAAUUAAAAACCAUCAUCAUCAUCACUAUCCAGAUUUUUUUUCGAGUAGGCAAAGAAGGUGAAAAGAUUAUGUGAGGGCGCCCCAUUGCGAUAAUAAAUUGAAAAAAAUUAAUAAAACUUAAUUAAAAAGGGAUCAAAUACAUUCGAUCUUGAUUUGUAUGACCUGGUUAAAAAGUUCGAGUUUAAAUUAAACUUUUUUUGUUUGCCGAAAUUUUUUCUAGUAAAAUUUGACGAGAAAUUAUCGUGUAUUUUGUAAUAUGUGUCGACAUUCAUGAAUUUCGUUGGAGAUCUGGUUGUAAAAUUUAGAAUUUGUGCUCUAUAAUUCCAAAAAAAUUCGUAGUUAAUUAGCAAAUUGGGCUUGAAACACACGGGUCUGUAAAAAAUACUGAUUUUUUCGUUAGUUCUUGAAAAAAUAUUCGAAACCUGCUUAGUUAAUUGAAAUUAAAACAUGUAGAAUUUUUCCCUUGGGGAGUGUCCAUAAAUCACGUGAUAGAUCAUAGGGGGGGGAGGGGUCUGAAAUUUGUCACCAAUUAUCACCAAGGGGGGGGGGUAAUGGUCGGCAGUCACGUGACAUGCCACGAAAAGUUUUUCUUUUAAUUUCUGAGGUCAGUAAAUGUGAAGAGAGUAACAAUAAAGUCUCUUCGCAUACUAUCACGCGCCUUAAAUAAAUUUAAUAAUAUGUAUUUACUUAAUAGUGAAACUCUUUUAUCUAAAAUUCGUUAUGCGGCGUAUUUUUAAAUUUUUACUUGACAAUCUUGGGUCUGGUUUGCAUAUAUGUACCACUCUUCCAAAUUUUAGUAAACAUUAAUAGAACUCUCAUUAUUCUUUCAGAAAUAAAGUUUAUGCAGUUGUCCUUAAGAUGUCAUGAAUGUUAAAUUACUUUGUAUACUUACUCAUUAGUAUUAAAUAAUUCUUUCGAUAAUUUUAAAAUUUAAUUUAACUGGAUUAAAAAAAACACAGGAAUAUUAUUAUUGGACUAAUUUGUGCUAUGGGUUGUCAUGUCGGAAAUAGGUCAGUUUGGCGAAAAAACUUUUUGCGAAAAAAAUCCGCCACAAAAAAUCACACUUGGCGAAAAAUAGGUUUCAUGCGUUUUACAGUAAGUUAGGUUUAAUGUGUAACCUGUCACGUGACCACGGGGGGGGGGGGGUAAUGGAUUUAUCACCAUUGGUCACCAAGGGGGGGGAGGAGGUCAAAAUUGUCCAAAAAUCGAUCACGUGAUUUAUGGACGCUCCCUUGAUAAUAUCGAACGUGCUAAAUAUGCGACAAUUAAUAUUCAUGACCCGUUAACGUGCGUUUGAUGAUUAAAUAUUCCUCCAAUUUUUUAAAAGUACUUUGGAGGAGAAAAUAUUCUAAAUUAGACUGAUUCUGGUAACUUGCUCACGUAGUUGUAUUCAAACCCUGUCGAAAAUAUUUACCUAGUUCUUAGAAAUACAUGUAGAGGAAAA